UCCUGCUCUAGCGUCACUUUUGAAAAAACUCACAAAUAAACAAUUUCUAAGAAGAGAAUUUUACUUUUUUUGGGCUAAACCCACACUUGUGCAAUAUGUACAACAACCUGGACCUGAAAGCCCUCGCCGUGGACGAUAUUGUGGAGGAGUACAAGCUGUUACACCAACGCCACCAGCAUUUGAAGACGCAAAGCGACCAGGAUGCCCAGAGAAUCCAUGAACUCAAGCGCAAUCUGGACACUGCCCUGGCUGCAGAGGCUUAUCUCACCCAAGAACUGGAACAGCUUAGCUCUCAGCCGCAGCCGAACAACACUGGCGGGGAUUCACAAGAGCUGGAGGAUCUGCGACGCAAGUAUCGCAUCCUGCAAGAAGAGCAGGAAUCCCUGCAGCAGGAUUACGACCAGAAGGCAGAGGAGGGGAAGACUUUAAAGAAGCUACUAGAGGCUAAGGAAAAGGAGCUGUUAGAGCGAGCCAGCUUGAGUUCCAGGGAUCUCCAUGAGGAGUGUGCGGCGCGUGUGAAUGCCUUGGAGCUGGAGAACUCCGAAAUGAUGCAAAAGUUGGCGGAUUACGAGGAGAACAGUGUGAAGAUUACGCUUUCAGUGGCUGAGAAGGAUAACACCCUUGAAUGCCUGGCCGAUCGUGUGAGUUGCCUGGAACAGAAUCUCAAUUGCAAGCGCGAUGAGCUGGAGGAGAAACUCCAAUUGCUGGAGAGCUGCCAGGAGCAGCUGGUGGAUGCCAAUGCCAAGAUAGCCUUGCUUACCUCGGCUCCUGAGAAUAAUGAACGCAAAGGCAACUCCUUGUUCGCCGAGGUGGAUGACCAAAGGCAGGCCAUGAAGCAGCUUUUGGCGGCUCAGAAAAAGAGUUAUUUGGAAAUGAAAAAGACCUAUGCGGAUAGCCAGUUUGAAAUAAGACGCUUAAAACGUGAAAAUGUGGCUAUGCACUCAGAGUUACAGGCUUGCAGCACUAUUUUUUGCAGUGCAGACAAGACAUAUAGAAGCAAGUUAAACGAACGCAUUCGCUAUUUAAUGGCCACCAAUGACAGCCUGGAAAAGCAGCUAAAACUCUCACAGGAGCGCCUGCGUGAUUUGGCCAAAGACAAGGCAGUCAACUGGCUGGAUUCAAUGUUGGAUUUCUGCAAACGCGAAACCCAUGAGCUGAAGACCCAGGUUCACAGUUUGCGCAUACAAAAGGCUGGACUAGAGGAUCAAAUGCGUUCGGUGCAGCAGGAAAUGGCACGCUGGCGCUUUGAGUCUUUGAAAUCCCGCUGCGUGCUCAUAGAUCGUGAAAAUUUGUUGACAGAGCACAAAAUUGGCUUUAAACCCAUGCAGGCCAUGGAGUUUAAUAUACAGGAGGAGGAACUUAAGGCUGCUUUGCCAAGAAUAGCAACUCCUUUGGCUGUUAAUGCUCCACCUGAAAUCCCUAAAAAAGAAGAAAUUAUAAUACUGGAAACACCUAUUGAAAAGGAUCUAACUUUGUCUGAAGAAAUUCCUGUGGAAAUUAAAAAGGAGCCUGGCUUCAAACCCUUGGAGAAACUUGAAGGUGUUAAGACCAUAAUGGGUUUUAAAAUUAAAAGGGAAGAAGUUUCUUUAGGAGAAGAAAAAGACCAGGAAAAUGUGUCAAAAGAAGCUCUUGAAAUUAAAGAAGAGCUAAAGGAUUUUGAUCCCCAUAAAGAGGCUCCCUUAAUUAAGGAAGAAAUACCCCAAGAAACCCUUGAAGAAAUACCCCAAGAACCCCUUGAAGACAUGCCCAAACCCCAAAUGAAAGGCACACCUGUCAGGGGUCUCCUGAAUCCCCUAAAAAACAAAAACCAACAAGACUCCCCUGAGCUCCAAAAAGAUCUAAAUCAGAAUGAAGUCCAAGAAGAGAUACAAUUGGAAACCCUGCCCAAACCCUUAAUGAAAGGCACUCCCGUUAAACACCUUUUGGGCUCUUUGAAAGUCAAGUCCAACGAAGAAUUACUUUACCAAAAAGAAGAGCCUGCUAAACCUCAACGCAGGGGUACUCCUGUUAAAAAAUUAAAUUUCUUAAAUAACAAAACAGAAAGUGAUGAUGAAGAGGAAAAAUUCACACCCUCAAAGUCCAAAACUGGAGCCAUAGAAAUCCUUGAUAGUCCCACGCCUCAAAAACCCCAGCGCAAGGGUACACCUGUACGCUUGGCUGUUAUCAAGGACGAAAAUGUGCGCUCCAUUUUGUCCAAAAAGAGGGAUAUCUUCGCCGAGGACUCCCACAAGGUGGUCAAGUUCAGCGAGAGCGAUCCCACCAUUCACAAUUUGAGUCCAGUUGAGCUGGCGGCAGCCAAGGAGAAUGAGAAGCCUACGGAAACGGAGGAUGUCAAGGAUAUAAAGCCUGCAAUUCGAAGGCCUAUAGUUCGUCGCAUUGUUGUGAGUUCAAGGAAAGCCACAAUGAAAUGAUUGAGAGAAUUUAUAAGAAGCUUUUGGACAAGAAUUUAGAUAUUAAUUUUAGAUUAUAAAAUAUGAGAAAAUAAAAUAUACAAAAUAAUAUGAGAAAA